ACGAAAUUUUGGGAGAAGAAUGGUGAAGUUGGCAACUUAUGGACAGAACUGUCCACAGCAAUGAUGGAUCAGAAUGGCAGAAAUGGACAGGAGAAGGAAGAAUGUAAAAAAUUGGAUAAUCCAUCUUCCGAAGCGGCAUGCAAAUAUUUGCAUGCCGGCUUCGAACAAUUAUACGAUCUGACGACGCCAGGGACGGCGGCGACGCCGUCGUCGUCCAAGGACACCAAACUUUUGUCCAACCCACUGUUGAGACAAACAGUGGGUUGUUUUUUACUUCAUGCUUAUGCAAAACACAUGAAAAAAAAUGCGACUUGCAUCAUUGAUAAGGGGAUACAGAAGGCAUUUCAAAGUAAUACUGCUAAUUGCAAUGGUGGUACCAGUGGCAAGGGACCUUGUGUCCCUUGCCAAUGGCAAGAAAGCGACUAUGACAAAUGCCAAAUUAACAUAAAAGGCAGUACAACCGCAACAGAGACUGCAAAGAAGAAAGUGGAAGAAUUGGUCGGAGGGAAUGAACCAAACACUGAGUCCAUCAUACAGAACAUAAAUAAAAUGGAAAAAUUAUGUGAUGGUUUAAAAUGUAUAGCAUCCCACUUAAAUUCCGCAAGCGGACAAAAAAAUGCGAGCACAUUUUGGACAGAAGGCGGCGAAGUCGCCAACUUAUGGAAACAAUUGUCACAAGCAAUAAUAGAGAAAGGCAAAAACGGGAGCGGAACUGAUUGUAAUAAAAUGGGAGAUAAAAAUGAUAGAGAUGCCACCUCCCCUGAAAGGAAGGCAUGCCAAUAUCUUUCAGCAGGUUUCGACAAACUGAAGGAACUUACAUCGACUGGAGCGACUAAAAUCAAUGGCAACAACAUCUUGGAUAAGGACCUAUCGUUUGUCAAAACGAUGGGUUGUUUUUUACUUCACGCCUAUGCGAAGAAAAUGAAAGGCGAGGCGAAGUGUGAAAUAGAAGCAGGAAUAAAAAAAGGUUUUGAAGUUGGUAAUGGUCUAAUUAAAGGUGUUAAUUGCAAUGAUUCUAGUGGCAAGGGACCUUGUGUCCCUUGCGAAUGGAAUGAAAAAAUCCUUGACAGUUGCGAAAUUAAAACAAAUGGAGGCAGUGGCAAAACAGAGAACACGGCAGUAAAGGACAAAUUAAAACAAGUUCAAAACAAAAUUACAGAAACCUCAACUGAAAACCUAAAGAACAUAAACAUAACAGAGUCUUUAUGUGAAAAACUCCAAUGUGCCGCAGGGAAGUGGUUCAAAAACAACUCAACGACGUCGAACGGAAAUACUACUCCAACGAAGAAUUGGUGUGACUUUUGGGAGAAGGAAAGCAUCAAACCCGAACUGAAUUCGAUGUUCGGGCAAAUCGAGUCUGAAGGAAAUGAAACUAAUGCUUUAUGUAAUAAAUUUGGUGAUGGUAAUGAUGAUAGUGUGGAAAGGAAAGCCUGUAAUCAUAUCACAGCAGGUUUAAAAUACAUUGAUGAUAUUAAUCCUACUGUUAGUGGUGGUAGUGUUAAUGACCAACUGCUCCAGCGAGCACUUGGUUGUAUUGCUCUUAACCUUUAUGCUGAUCAAAUAAUUGCAAAAUCUGAAGAGAAAUGUCCCAUUGAUAAGGAAAAAAUUAAUGAAAUGUUCCAUAAAUGGAAUCAGCUGUAUAAUAAGUCGUGUUCGACCUCUGGUAUUAGUGUUAGUGGUGUUCGUAAUAAUUGUUUUAAGUGUGAAAGGAAUGAAAAUUUUAAGAAUUGCAACCUCCUCGUUGAUAAAGACUUAAUUGCAUCAUCAUCACAGCAAAAUUGCAAUUCUAGCGACAAAGACAAUGUCCAAAUUCAAAUUAAUGAAUUGCUGGAGGAAAAAAACACCCCCAAAGUGAAGUCUACCUUAUCCACUAUCAAUAAAAUGAACACUUUCUGUAGUAGAAUGCAAUGUGCAGUAAAACAAUACCUAAAGAAGAUCAAAAAUGGAAAACCACCAUCUUGGAGUGAAAUAAAGGGUGUUGUUGAGAGUGAAUUAAAGGAACUUCUACAAAAUAUUACGGAUGAUGAGAAAUGGAAAGACUUUGACCAAUACUGCAAGGACGACAUCCAAAGUAACGGCGACACACCAGGAGAAAUAACUGCUAAGAAAAAAGCUUGUAAGCUUUUUGCUUUAGGUUUAAAACACAUUUCUGAAAUUAAGAACAAAAACAAAAACAACGAGGAUGUUGUACCACUUAAAAGAACUAUGAUGUGCGCAGCACUUAAUCUUUAUGCUGAUCAAUUAAUUACAAAAGCAGAAAAACAAUGUCCCUUAGAUAAUAAAAAAUUGGAUCAGGCAAUAGAUCACGCUUUUAGUAAAAAUACUCUCAUUAUGAAUGGAGGAACUUCAUGCAAUAAUCAAGGCAAUAAAUCUUGUUUCAUUUGCAACAGAGAAAAAAACACUUUUGACAAUUGCCGAAUUGGACAAGAAAAAAUAAAGGAUAAAAUGGAAGGUCUUCUCGAAGAAAAGGACAACGACAACUCCAAAUCCAACUCCACGACCCCUAACAUGACCAAAACACUAGACAAAAUAAAUGAAAUAGAAUCAUUCUGUACUCAAGUCCAAUGUGCUAUAAAACAAAAACUGAACAACGAAGGGAAACUUCCAAAUGGAACACCACCAUCUUGGAGUGCCAUAUACAAUGACGCCGCGACAGAAUUAGCGGAACUUUUAAAAGAUAUGAACGACCCUACAAAGCAGAAGAACGUUGACAAAUACUGCGACAACCAUAGCAAAUGGAAUACUUUAGGCCAUAAAGAAAAACAUACAAAUAAAGCAGCUUGUUUGCUUUUUGCUUCAGGACUUCAGCACAUUUAUGGCCACGUUAAUGACCAAAAGAAGGGCCAGUUUAAGGGCCCAUCGUUUGGACAAACGAUGGGUUGUUUAUUUCUUAAAGAAUAUGCAAAACAAUUAAAAGAAAUGGCAAAAAUACAAAAAGAGUAUAAAGUACAUCCUAAUUGUAGCGUAGAUUCGGGCAUAGAAUAUGCUUUUAGCAAAAGUAAAAGCAUUAUGGAGAAUGCAACACCUCCAUGUGACAACAAUGUUCCUAAUUCUUGUUUUGAAUGCAAAUUGGACGACUAUAACCAACUUAGAGAUUGCUCCAUUGGCAAAGACAAAGUAGGAAAUAAAGCUACAGAACUGUUCACAGAACCAGAGAACAAAGAACAUAUGGAACAAACAUUAGAGAAUACAGUUUGUCCCAUCCUUCUUACGGAUCUCCUUACCCCUUUCCUUCCUUUGGCUCCUGUCUCUAUUGGCCUUUCUGCUAUGGCUUAUUACCUUUGGAAGUAUUUUGGUCCUCUUGGUAAAGGAGGAGCACGUUUCAGAAGAUCUCCUGCUGAAAUUCCGGGUUCAUCAUUACAGGAACAAGUCCUUGAUCAUGUGGAAGAAGCUGGUCCACAUGAAUAUCAAUUGGUGAAGGAACGAAAACCUCGUUCUGCUCCAACGAGAACAAAACGUUCUGAUCGCGUGAAUCGUCGAACGAUUAUUGAAAUUCAUUUUGAAGUGUUGGACGAAUGUCAAAAAGGCGACACACAAUUGAACCAAAAGGAUUUUAUGGAACUUUUGGUUCAAGAGUUUAUGGGAUCCGAAUUAAUGGAAGAAGAACAGGUUCCUAAGGAAGAAGUUCUUAUAGAAGGUGUUCCUUUGGAACAAGUUCCCAUUGAAGAGGUUCCAAUGGAACGUGUUCCAAAUUUAGGUUCCGGGUUUAUGGUUUAG